AAUACCUGAGGAGUGUUUACAGCCUGGAAGAUUAUUUAUGUUUGGUUUUAUCUCUAUAGUCACACAUCCAAGCUAAGAGAAAAGAAACACAGGAACCCUCUCAUUAUCUUUUUGAAAUAUGAAGAUCAGAGAGAAACCUGGGUUUAACGUGCGGAGUGAUGGUCCUAGCAGAAUGCUUAUAAAUUAAAAGGCAUCCUGCCUCUGUAAUCACAGAUCCAGGAGCAGAGCUGGCAUUUAGACAGAAUGGAACACUAGAAUCGUCGUUUUUUAUACCUACAGCUCCGAUGAUCAGAAAAAUGGAGAAUAUUGUAUGAAGUGGAGCUUCUGGUCCAUCUGCUUUUUCCAUUGAUGGACUGAAGAGCCAUAGAAGUGAUUGAUGCACUGCUUCAGAAUGGGAAGCAAUAAAGAUGAUGCCCUUUUGAAUAGAAUUGCAUUCCCAGGACCAGCAUCCCAUGUCACCAGUCCUCAUGGCUUACCUCUCCAAGAACCAUUUGGCAUUCCUUUCCACUUUGAACCUCCGUAUUGGGACCACCAAGCCUACCACGGAUAUUCAGGACGGUUCUCCUACCUGCCCUUCUCCAGCUAUGUAGGGGUCUAUGACUACUCCUUUGAGCCAGCCUUCAUUCGUAAAAGGAACGAGAGGGAGAGGCAGCGGGUCCGUUGUGUGAAUGAGGGCUAUGUGCGUCUCCGAGACCACCUCCCCAAGGAGCUUGCAGAUAAGCGCCUCAGCAAAGUUGAGACCUUGCGGGCUGCCAUCACUUAUAUCAAACACCUCCAGAGUUUGCUGGACUACCAUCCUUUAGAGACAAACACGAAACCUGCUAUUCCGGCAGCAACAGAAGCAGCAACAGGGGCACCUGGUCUGAGCUUAAGAAGGGAAUGCAACAGUGAUGGGGAAUCUAAGACCUCAAUAGCUUCAUCCCCUUAUAGUGAGUUUGAAGAAGUAUGCAGUUAAGAAACUUCAGGAACUUCUUCAAAAACCUACAAAUUCAAGAUUGCAUCUCUCUUUCUUAGUAUCUCAAAGAACUACAUGAUUUCUACAUUGGCACAGCUUUUCCUGCAAGAACUAAUUCAGUUCCCAGCAAAGGGACGAGAAAGGUAUCUCAGUUGUACCAUCUGUUUCAUUCUGGGCAAAAUUUCAGAUGCUUGUGUAAGGAGACAACAACAUUGCUCCUGACGUUUUUGUUAAUUUAUGGUCUUAUUGUGUAUGUGUGUGUCUUAGGGUUGAAAUAGUUUUUAAAAAUAUAUAACAUGGUCAUUAAUUGUUGCAAUCUUUGAUUUGUUUGUUUGGUCUAUUCAGAAGAGGACAAUAAAUUCAGAUGAUUCCUCAUUUCUUCAGUUUCACAUUAGGAUAUCAAUGUAUGUUGGGUUCAGUAGGCAAAGCAUACUGUAAUUGCU